AAAAAAGUUUUUAAUAUUAGUUGAUUUUUCAAAAUUUAAAAUGGAUAAAGAAGAUUUAAAAAAAUCUAUCUGUAUAAAUCUUCGAUGCGUCACUCAAAGCUCAAAAGGAGGUGUACCUUUAAAUCAACUGCAGAAUGACUACAAACAACUUCUAGGGACACCAAUUCCAUUUAAAGAUCUGGGAUAUAAUACUUUGGAAAAUUUUCUCUGUGAUAUUCCUGAUGUUGUUUGCCUCAAAAAAAAUGUAGAUGGUUCCCUCAUUGUGGAAGGAGUAGCUGAUACAUCAACUGCACAUAUUGCUAAACUUAUUUCUAAACAAAAACCUUCUAAAAAAUCAAAAUCUGGUUCGGCAAAGGUAGCUGUUGUAACACGAAAAUGGGGUGGUUCUAUGAAGAAAAAUUCCCACCAAAACUUAAAAUCUCCUAUGAAAGAUUUUAAUAGUUUCCCACCGAGUACUCUCGUUCGAAAACAUGACCAAGAGUCUAAGCUUAUGCACCUUACGAUUGCUCAACAACAAUUAAAGCAAUCUGUCCUUGUGAACCUUCGAAGUGUUGUUCAGAGUUGUAAAGAUGGUGUUCCUCUGAAUCGACUCCAGAAAGAUUAUAGGAAAUUCAUUGGAUCAAAUAUUCCAUUUGAGAAUCUGGGUUAUAGUACAUUGUAUGAGUUUGUACAGAGUAUACCUGAUGUUAUAAAUAUUAAGAAGGAUGUGAAUGAUCAAUUUAUUGCUAUAGGAGUAGUUGAUGAAAGAACAGCUCAUCUCUUUGGUAAUCCACUGAAACCCAAACCUUUGAAAACUGUGACCCCAUCAAAUGAACUUUCUAAACCUGGUGUUGAUAAUUCAACCAUGCUUCAGAAUUCUUCUGAACAAAAGGCUGAAUCUCCUUCUUUUUUCAAACUUCCCCAGGAUAAAGUGGACUUAUCUGAUUUAAAUAGUAUCCUAAAACAUUCACCAGCUCAAAAGAAAGCAGGAAAAAAGAAUUAUGUUACUGAGGUUCUUUCUAAAAAUAAGGAGAUGCAUGCAUCAAAAGAAGAAAUAAUGAAAACAGAGCCCCUCGAAGCUGCUAAACCAGUCAUCAGCUGUAAAGAUAAUUCUGCACCUGAGGUUCCUUUAUCAUGCCAGAACCAAAAUAAAAUUCUUGAAAAAAGUAAUAAGAAUUUACCAAGUACUUCUGCUUUACAAUGCAGUAGUAUUCCUGCUAGUGAAAAUACAGUAAUGAAAGAAAGAGCAUUACAUCUUUCCUGCAAUUUACCUUCCAAGUCUAAUAUUAAAUUAGUAUCCAAUGACCCAGUCCAAUCUGAAAAGAAAAUUAACUGUACAAUGUCUUGUAAAUCUGAUCAAGAUAAAUCAUCAAAAAUUUCCUACAAUUCUGUUGAAAUCUCAAAGGAUGUAAAAACAAGUUCUAAGAAAAAUCCUGUUGUUUUUAAUUCUAAAAGAAUUGAGCAAAGAGCAAGAAGAAAAGCUAAAGAAAUCCAGAAUCAAAUUCAAAUUGCAAGCUUAAGUCCUUUAGUGUGGAUGCACUUCAUUCUUUAUGGACCAUCAAAAAUGGCUACUUUAAGAAAAAAAGUUUCAUCAUUUUAUGGUUUCCCAUUUUCUUCAGAUUCUAAAGAAUGGGAAGAAAAAGUAAAUUUACUUUCAUUGCUCCCCAAGAAAGCCCUUUACCAUUGUUUAUAUCUCUUAGGUAUUGAAUAUGAUACCAAAGAUACUAAAACAAAUUUGCAACAUAAGUUAAUCGACUUCCUUGCUGCCUAUACAGAAGAGUCAGGAACUAAUAUGCAAGAAACUGUACAGAGAGAUAAUGAGAAAGAAUUAUCUGCUUCCACUCUGACAUUAUCAAGUGUCACCUCUGACAUUUUAUCAAAAUGUUCUUCCUAUGUCGAUACUGAAACCAGUGAUGCUGUGCUAAGUGACAAAAAUAUUGUUGUUCCAAAAACAAAAUAUGUUUCAGAUUCUGAUUCUGAUUUGAUAGAAUUACCUUUAUACAAGCAGAGCUUAUUGAAAAAUAGUUCUUACUGUCCAGAAAGAAUAAAGAAACCUGUUCAAGUGGAGCAACUUAAUGAUAGAGAGAAUUUACGUAUAGAAAUGUGUGAAGGCAUUCAGAGUGAAAAAAUUAGGGAAACUAAACAUUCUAUAAAUACAAAAUCUGAAUUUCAAAAACUAUCUACUUCAGAGAAGAUAACAUCAGUAUUACAGAAACAGCAACUUUUGGAUAAGAACUUACUUGAAAAGAAAAUAGAUAUUGAAGAGAGUUCGAAGACAGAAACUUCAAGCCUUGUUAGUUCUAAAAGUGCUAAAAGAAACAGGAGAAGAAAAAGAAAAAAAAUUGAAAAUGCUCAAAAAAACAGUGGAUCGUCUACAACGAAACCAGUUAAAGUUCAUUUGCCAUGGUGGCAAAUUCAGCAGAUGAUAAAGUAUAAAAAGGAAAAACGUAAAAAGAAAGCAUUGCUUGCUUCUGAAGUUGAGAUCAAAACAGACACUUAAAAAGACUUAAACUAUACUUAACAUAUCAAGAAAUGAAUUUACAUUUUUGUGUUGUAAUGCAUCAAAUAAUUAUUUGAGCUUGUUCUUAAAUGUACUUUAUCUCGGUAUUUUGUUAUAUGGCUUCUUUUAACAUUUUUCCUUUUUCUAAAUUAUGAUAUGAUUUAAAAUCAUAUGUGAUAACUUAAUGACAUUUUAAAAGGUUUUACAUUUUUAUAAUUCACAAAGUGUUGACACAAUUUUUAUUUAUUAAAUAAUAAAAAUAAUUUAUUGUGGAUAGUAUUUAUUCCUCAUAAAGGAGCUUUUUAUGAGGAAUUCAAUAUUAUGAUAUGUUGUUUGAAUGAGUUAAAAUGGUAUUUGUCUUACCAUUUAUGAGAAUGUAUAUGCUUGUUUUUCAUUUGUCUAACUUAAAGACUAGUCAUUUUUUUUCAACUUGCUUAUCAAUAGGUUAAACAAAUCUUGUUAUUAAAAUAAAUUUAUUAUCUUCAAUUGAAAUCAUGAAAUCUUUGUUAUGGCAUGAGAUUUAUCAUAAAGCAAAUCAUUUGUUAAUUCAAUUUAAGAAGUGGCAGCUCUUUCUUUCAAAAUCCUUUAAGGAAGUUUUUGGUUAAAUUCUUGCAAUCAACUUAAUUCUGACUUAAUAAUUUAAUUCAAGCUUAUGUCAUAUAUAUUUUUUAUGCUUUGAGGAAAGAAAUAUUUCAUUUUAUCAUAAUUUAUUUAUAAAGAAGUUCAAUAAUAUGCAUAUAUAUCCCUUGUCUUACCAAAGAAUAUAUGCCUUAUGCAUGUUUUUAAAUUACAACUCUUCAUUGGUAAAUAAGUUGAUUGUUUCGUUUUGUCUCAAUGUUUUGUCUAGUUUUGGUAAGAAGUUAGAUAGUAUAUAUGCAUUAAGCUUUUAAGCAUUGAUACUGAGAAUUGUUAGUCAGCAUUAUCUAGAAAUUUUCUAAGGGCAGUAUUUAAAAAGCAUUAUCUAGAAAAUUUAAUUUGAGUUACUCUUUCUAACAUUUAAGUUAAUGUAAUGCAUGUAUGUAAUGUUCAAAAAAUGUUAUGAAAUACGCAUAACUCUUAAGAAAAAAUUAUAUCAAAAAACAUAUUUGUAAUACUUUUCUAUAUAAUUCAUCAACUUUUGUCUUUUUUUCGGGUUUUUUUUUACAUUCUUCUUCUUCCUUUAUUCUACUCUCAAUAGAGAAUAUAAUCUCUGUUGCACAAUAUUUACUGUGUCUUCACUAGGAUGUUUAUUGUAGAAAAAUCAUUUACAAUGGAGAUAAAGGGUUGUCACACAUUGUCAUAUCAGAACUGUCAGAGGACUGAUUCAAUUUCCUAUUGCUCUUCAUAUUUCACUUACAGCAGCUUUUUCAAUUGGUAGCUGCUGUGCUGGAACGAGGGGACAUAGAUAGGUUGGUCAAAAAAAUAUUAUUUAAGUUGUCAAAUAUAUAAAUUUGUAAAAAAAAAAAAAAAUUUAAAAACUUUAGAAAUUAUAAAAUAUUAAUACUAGAAUAUGUAUUUAUAUUGAAUUGUUAAAAUCUCUACUAAAUAAAUUAAAAUACUAUUAAUUGUAUAUUUAAAAAAAUGUUAGUAAUUCAAUUUAAAAUAUGUUAAUUAUUCAUUUAGCUAUAAUUAAUUCCACUUUAGCUAUAUAUUAUUUUAUUUUUAGCUAUACAUUAUUGCACCAUAAUACAUUCCACUUGACGUGUCCUAUAAAAUGAUAAUUUUAAUAUUAUAUUGUGUAAAAUUUAUUAUUUCUUUAUAAUCUGUCAUAAUAAUAUUUUUAUAUUUGUUAGUAAAGAAAUCAUCAAUUAAUAGCAAUGGUUAAUUUUUUAAGUGUUCCAUUUCUUUAGACAUUUUUUUCCAUGAUAUAUAUGAUAAGAAAAUAAAUAAAAACAAAUAUUUUCACAAAGUUACUAAAAUAAAUCAUAAACCUCAUGUUUAACAAAAAUGUGUUGACAUGUGAAGCUAAAUUGAUUAUUUGUUAAAAGAGUGAUGUCAUGAUAUGCACUAAAUAGGACACAAAGUGACUAAAUCUGCCACUGUGCACAUGCAGUUGAGUUUUGUCAUGCAAAAGAUAAACCUUUGGACUGCAGAUACAUACAUUUUCUCUUAUUUCAGCUUGUAAGGCUUGUUUUAUGAAAGUAUUACAAUAACUGAGAACAUUUACAGUUACAAUAUUCUAUAAGGAGUGAGCCAAAAAGCUGACUUUUUUGUUGUUGUUGGAAUGUUCUUGUAUAUUUAUGAUAUUUACAUAGUUUUCCAUGCUGCAAACUGAAAUUCUGUAUUGAUAUGAGGAAUUCAUUUAUCAGAAAACUGCUCAAAAAAUCGACACUUGUGCAACAGUGGUUAUCUUUAUAGAUGCCAUUCUUUCUUUUAGAAAGAAGAGAAAAAGUUACAUAUAAACUAUUGAUAGUAUCCUUAUAGUGCAGAAAUUAUAUUCAAAAGUAACUUAAAACAUUAUCUUUCAUAUAUAUAUAAAAAAAAACUAAAAUAUGUGCUAUGCUUUUAUUUAAUUGAAAGUUUGUAGUUAUGAAAUUUUGAAAUUGGUAUCUGUCUCUUCUUUAUGUUCUAGAAUUAUGAAGUUUUGUGUAUUCUUUUCAGAAUAAAGCUUUUUAAUGUUUCCAUUACUUAAUUAUCAGCUAAUUAAUCAAAUUUAAUUAAAUCUUGAUUCCAUGCGAGUAAUGCUAUCUGAAAAUGAAUGUUAACAAAAAUUGAUUUUCUGAUUUCAUAGUAUUUAUAAUUGGGAAGUUUAAUACAUUAAAAAAAAUAUAAAGUAGAAAAAAUUAUCAAAAAUAUGGAUGUUAAAAGAAAAUGCAAAAGUGUGAGGCAAUGAAAUAAUAAUAUAUAUCAACAAGAAAAAAAAUCCUAGAUAUCACUUAAAAGCUUAAAUACUUUAUUAAUAUAUAUGAAAUUCCGAUUAACGUGGAGUAUCUUUAACAACAUCACAUUUUUAUUUAUUUAUUUAUUUAUUUUUACGAUUUUCAUCUUGGCCUCCAUAUUUUUAGCAAAAAAUAAUUUCUGCUUUUUAGUAUCCUUAUUAAGGCAUGCUUUAAUAUAUAUUAUUAUUAUUAUUAUUAUUAUUUUAAUAUUGAAAAUUAUGCUUUUUGAAAGUGCCUUGAAUAUAGUAUUUCCUAAUAUUUAAUUGAGCAUUUAAUCAAAAGUAAUAAUCUAACAUUGUUUCUCAGUAUCUUUAGUUUUUUAGAAUAUUUUUUCCUCUUGGUUUUUUUAGUUUCUAGAUUAAUGUUUUAUGUGUUUCUGUAUUGUUAACUUGUGUAUUUAUUAAUUAGUAUUUAUUUAUUGAUUUGUAACUUUAUUUGCUAAUUCUUUUUAAUAUAUUGAUUGACAUUUCUUCUAUACCAAAUGUCCACAUAUAUUCGAGAGCAAUAGUAACAAAAGUUUAUUUCAAUGGAUUGUGUAUUUUAUACACUUUUAUCUUAUGGUGCUGGUAUAUAUUAAAUCUGUAUUAUAUGUCAAAUGAAUGUUAAACUGUGAUAUUGUUACAUGCAAUAGUGAUAACUGAGCUUAUGAAAUGGCUGUAGAUUUUUUUUUCAGUUUUUAGAUGAUUAUAUUGUGCUUGAUUCUUGCUUUUAAAUACUACAUAUCUAUCAUAUGUGAGAAACAAAAAUAAAUGAAUAAACUUUGUGAAAUCUCAAAUAUAUAUUUUACUAGAGAUUUUCUCAGAAAAAGAGCAGAUUUGUCUUAUGCAUUUUCAUUAAAACUUUAUUUUUUUUAUUUUAUUACCUUUAAAAUCAACUUUUAUCUCCUCCCUUCCCUUUGUGCAAAUAAAAAAAAAUUGUUUAUUUUAUGCACCACAAAACAUUGUCUUAUAUUUUGAUAAUUGUCCAGGGUGAUAUAGAAUUCAUUCUACAAUCUAUUAAGAGAAAUAGAAUGUAAAAAGAGGCAGACAGAAUCUUAUAAUUCCUUUGAGCUAGAGGAAAGAAAGAUACAGAAAUCACAAGUCAUUAAUAGAUAAUACUCUUUAUUUGGCAAUGCUUUAAAUCAGCCAUUCACGAUCACUUCAUGCCAUGCUAAUGGAGUGAUGGCUGUCCAAAAUCUGUCGUCAGUGUGAAAACCUGUGAGGCAGAAGAUUGGAUAUCCUGUCAAUGGGUGCUUAGUGAAAUCGAGUGAUGGGAGGCUGGCUUGCAGUAUUAUCAAGAAGUUGGAGUGAAGCUGCCCUAUGAUGGCCGUAAAUGGCUGGUUUUAUGCAUGGGCAGAACAUGCUCAUAUCUGAUUUUACAACUGCUCAAAAUUUUGCCAUUCCCUGUUAUGGAUGCUUCAUAACAGCUGUACAUGGAUUGAUGAACCCUUCUGGAAAAUAGUUGAUAAUUGUGGUGGCAAUUGAUCUUGCCAUGCAUUUGGCCUGUUCACUAUUUUCCUCUUCUUCUUUUUGAGCACAACAGCCCCUUGCAGACCUUGGCUACCUCAACCACGCACACUUUCCAGUGUUUUCUAUCCCCUGCAAUUCCCUUCCAGUUUUUUAUCCUCUGAACACGGAACACUCAGGUCUUCCUUUGACCUGGGAUCCAUAGGAAUUUUAAAAGUGGAUAUUUUGAGGGCGCUGUUUUCAGGCUUCUCCAGAUAUGGUCGAGCCAUCUUAACCUGUUGCUCCGGAUAAUCUGUGCUAUCUGUGGUUGCCUAUGGAGUUUGUAUAGUUCAAAAUUGAAUUUAGUUUGCCAACAUCCUAUCUCUAGUACUGGGCCAAACAUAGUUCUGAUCUUUCUCCCAAACAUGUUCAGAGAACGCUGAGUGCCCAAGUUUCACUUACAUAGAGCAGACCAGGCGUAAUAAGAGUCAUAAAUUAUUAGUUUAGUUUUUCGACUAAUUAAGUUGGAUUUCACUUGUUUUUUUCACUCCAAAAAAACAUUUAUUAGCCAUUUUUAUCAUUUUGUCGAUUUCUGCUCUGUGUUUAUUGUUAUCAAUAAUCAAUGUGCCAAGGUAUUUGAAAUGAUCGACUUUUUCGAAGGUAUGACCGUUAAUACGCAGUGUAACACUAUGAUUUAUAAUUGAGGGCAGGAAUUCCAUAAAUUUGAUUUUAUAUUCAUUAAUGGUAAGGCCCAUAUUUGUGGCAGAAGUUUCCAAAGCUUGAAAGGUUUCUCUCACUGACCUUCCAAUAAUAUCUAUAUCAACAGCACAGGCCGGCAGUUGAAUGGAUCUAUUCCACGUGCCCUUUCGGUCUAAUUCACUAUCUCGGAUACAUUUCUCCAAGGCAAUGUUAAAAAGCAGACAAGCAACGGAAUCCCCUUGACUCAAGCUUCUCUCUGUUGCAAAGGGCUCGGAUAAAUGGUUUUGCAUGUUCACUAUUUAAGCAUUUGUAUAUUACUGUGCAUAUACAGCCUAAAAUUUAAACUAUUAACUGAAAUCAUAGGACUCUAUUAGCUAAUUGGCGAUAGCUGAUUGGGUUGGUGUUUCCAGUCUUAGUUUCUUGAUUUAUAUUAUUUUCUGUAGCUCUAUCAGUUUGUAUGUUGAAUUCUGCAUCACCCUAUAUUUUUUAAAUUUAGUGUGAUUUAUGUUUUAUUAAUUGUCAAAUUCUGAUUGAUUGAUCACUCUUUGUGAUGAAUUGGAUAGAAAUAUAAUUCAUUUGAUAACAUUUGUAAUCAGUAUUUUUCUAACCAAUUGUAUAUGGUAAUAACAUAACAUAAUUUUGUUUUGAUACAUCUCAUAGCUAAAUCACAUAAAUUAAAUGAAUUCGACAUUUUUAUAGUAUUAUAUAGCCCAGUGUCACUUACAUAUUGUUACAAACCUAUAAUAUUGCUACCCGGCACGAAUAGAGUCAUCGUAAGAAAGACCGUUGUACGAUCGGUCCUGUACGUGCUGAGAUCAAUGAACUUCGAGCUUGGCGACAGACUUGGCGAGCAUUUGGCGACUUGGCGAUAAAUUUGGCGAGUUUGGCGACUAAAUGGAUAAUACCGGAAAGUUCGAGAACUUUCACGAUCCAUCUAGUAAGACCCGAGGUACAGCCAGAUGCGACCUGAUUGGUCAGAAGAUUCUAGCCCCUCCUCCCGGAACUAUAAAAGACGGACACUCAGAAGCUACGAAGAAGUCGUGUGGAUCGGAAAAAGAGGAGGUGUGUGGUGAGAGUCGGAGUCGCCGACACGUAGAGGUCUUGGAGGAUUAGACAGCAAGAAAGCUGCUGAACUAUUAGCAAUUAAAUGUGCUGCGCUAUUACGAUUUAUUGGCGGUAUUUAUUGUUGUAGAAGAAAAAAAUUUUGUAACAAUAUAUAUUAACCGUCUAUAUUUUUUAAUUAAAUUUUCCUUUAAUAAUA